AAAACAAACCUCCCCAGUCAUUCCUUUGGCAGUGAGAACUCGGAGCUACCGCUGAGACCUGACUGUUUGAAUAUGUAAUGCUUAUAGUUUAUACUGAACUUGAGAUGGCAACCAGCAAGCUGUCAGGAUGGGACGGCUGGUGCACAUCACAGCUUCAGAUCGUGCUUCUCGGAGGCAGAAACUCUGGAAAGACGUCUGUUGGGAACUUAAUCCUUGGCAAAGAAGAGUUUGUGACCAAGGAGAGGACGUCCUGCCUGCGCAGGUUGGGGAUGGUGGCCGGACGGUGGAUCACCGUGGUGGACGCCCCCGGUUGGUGGUGCGACUUCACUGCAGAGGAGACGCCCGACCUGGUGAAGAGGGCUAUCGUGGACAGCGUCUCCCUGUGCUCGCCGGGCCCCCACGUGUUUCUGAUCACAGUCAAGGCCAGCUCGGUCUUCUCUGAGAGGCGUCGGAGAGCCGUGGAAGAGCACGUGGGUCUGCUGGGCGACGCAGUGUGGGGUCACUGCGUGGUUGUCCUCACCUCUGCGUACAGGCAGUAUGAGGGGUGUGUGGGAGGAGAGGGGGAGGCUCUCCGCUGGCUCACAGAGAAGUGCGGUCACAGGUGUCACACCGUUGUCUUGAACGAUGACGCCGAACAAACAGAGCUGCUGGUGAAGAUCCAGGAUGUUGUCAUGAAAAAUGGAAACAGAGCCUUCGAGAUGCAUGAAGAUGUUUUGAGGGCGGCUGCUGAGGAGAAGAGGGGGGUGGAUGAGAGGGCUCGGCGGAGGUUUAUGAGACUGAAACACCAGCGAUGCCUCACACGAGAGCGGUCAAGGCCAGUUACCCACAUGAGGCUGGUGCUGCUCGGAGCGAAGGGCUCGGGGAAGACUUGGGCAGCGAACACGGUCCUGGGCAGAGAGGCCAGCCAGACGUGCAGGAGAACAGCCAAGUGCUGGGUUGGACAGGGGCCGGUGUUUGGGAGACAGCUGACGGUGGUGGACACGCCCGGCUGGUGGAUGAACUACUUCCUGGAGGAGAGCACCCUCUUCGAUCAGAGGGAGAUGGCGCUCAGCCUGUCCCUGUGUCCUCCAGGGCCCCACGCCUUCCUGCUGGUGAUCCGCGUGGACCGGGCCUUCACGGAGAACUACCGGAGAGCAGCGCAGGAGCACCUGGAGCUCAUCAGCGAGCACAUCUGGAAUCGGGUUAUCCUGGUGUUCAGCUUCGGGGACUGGCUGGCCGGCACGACCACUGAGCAGUACAUCGAGAGCGAAGGAGAGGCUCUGCAGUGGCUCGUUGAGAAAUGCAGGAACAGGUACCACGUCCUGAACAGUAAAACCAAAGGAGACGGAUUUCAGGUCAGAGAACUGAUCGGGAAGAUUGAGGAAAUGAUGAGUGACUGCAACCGUGGAUGGCACUAUGAGAUGGACAGAAGAAUGCUGGAGACGCUGGAGAGGGGGAUGAAGGAGGAGAUGGAGAGGGCCACAGACAGGCGGAAGAAGAAGAACGAACAAAGGCAGAUGGCAAGGUCUCAGCUGGAGAAGCUCCAGCAUCCUCCAGAGCUGAGACUCAUACUUGUUGGGGGCCGAAAAGUUGGCAAAAGCUCGUGUGGAAACGCCAUCCUCAACACGGAGAGCUUUGGCACAGACGCCGGAGCUGCUUCCUGCACUGAAAAGCGAGGACAAAUCGCCGGCAAGAUAAUAUCAGUGCUGGACACGCCGGAGUCCUCCCCUCUGACCUCUGACCUGCUGACGGCAUCAUGUGCUCUGCUCCUGGUCGUCAAUGUCAGCUCCUCAUUCACGGGCCUUCAGAGAGAAGCCCUGGAGAAGCAGCUGGAGGCUGCGGGGGGCCAGGUGUGGAGCAGGGCGAUGGUGCUGUUCAGUCAUGGCGACUGGCUGGGAGACACGAGCAUCGAGCAGCGUAUCGAGAGUGAAGGAGAGCCGCUGCAGAGGCUAGUGGAGCAGUGUGGGAACAGAUACCAUGUUCUAGACAACAAGAACUGGGGAGAUGGAGCUCAGGCCAGGGAGCUCAUCGAGCUGGUGGAGGAGACGCUGGUUGGAGAAAGGCUCCACAGAGGUGAUCACAUGUGGAAAACUAUUUGCACAACAGAACUGAGGUCAAAGGAGCGUAUGAGCAGCAGUCGUCAGCUGUCCCAUGACUUCCCUGAAGCAGCAGAACACGUGUCCCCUCCGUCACUGACCUGUUCAGGAGGAUCCAGCGCUGCUGCUCAGGCCCUGGUGUUACCUGCAAGAAGAUCCAGGAGGCCGGCGAGCCUCACCUUUGUGGACAGACGGAGCUUCCUCCCCUACAUGGCCGCGGUGCUCUCUGGGAAACAAAGACUGAGGUGGUUGAUGGUAGACCUGCCCUUCCCGUUCCCUGCUCCUCACAGCCAACCCAGCCUCCACCUUGAAAGCCUCUCGCCCAGACAUCAAACAGUUCUGCUCGUCUCAUGUCAGACACGACACAGGAUGUCCUCAGACAGGCCCGUGAUGACAGAGUGCGCGAGGUCGGUGGCAGUCUCCAGCAAAAGAUUGGGGGACUCACCCCCUAGCCCCGGUGUAGCGCCGUCCCUGUCCUCAGAGGAGGACGUGCAUCCCCUCUGCCACCCCGCUCUGAGAGAGCGGGCCCUGCGGAGGCUCUCCCAGUCUGGGGACCUGCAGGCUUUGAUCGACCAGUGGGGUCACAGCAGCCUGCAGGAGCUGGAGGCUUUCAUCGACUCGUACUUUGAGAUGGUUUGGGAACAAACCAUGGGGUCGGUCCAGCCUCCCGACCCCGACCGUCCCGCUGCAGAGCUGGACGCCGCCGUCAGACACGCGGACAGGGAAGAAGUCCUCUGCUCCAUCGACAGGAAACUUUCAAAGCUGGAACUCCUGGAGGAGAUCAGGAGAGAUUUGGCAGAGCUGAGGCUGAAUCAGGAGUGUAGCUGGAGGGCCAUACAGGAACUGAGAGACCAGAGCAAAACAGGCUCAAACGAGACCAGCUGAUACUAGAAGUCAGUAAAUACAAGUUCAGAAAGGAAGGAUUUCUUCUUAUAUUUAAUUAAUGUGUAUAGUAAUAUAAUUUACCCUAAGGUAUUGAUCAAAUAUUGUUGAAUUGGUGUAAAGUGUAUUCAAGAGAGCUCAUGUAAGGAAUAAAAGAAGACAGAAAGAGCAACGUUGUUAAUAUACUUGUCCACAAGAGGGCGCUGUUGUAUAACACUGGGUUAAAUAACAUCCAGUCUGUUUAUCUGAACAGCUUCUACUUUUCCUCUGAAAACAUAAGAAAUCUUGUAAUAGAUUAGAUGGAGUUCAUUUGACUGUGAUUUUUACAUUGAAGCUUCAGAACUGUAAAUGGCACAAUAUAUACGAGGUGUUUUUUAGUCUUGUUCAACCAGAGGUGUCAAGUAACGAAGUACAAAUACUUCGUUACUUUACUUAAGUAGAAACUUUGGUUAUCUGUACUUCACCGGAGUAAUUAUUUUUCAGACGACUUUUUACUUUUACUCCUUACAUUUUCACGCAAUUAUCUGUACUUUUUACUC